AUGUUGUCAUCUCGAAAAAUCUGCCUGCACGUCAUCCUGAAGCUGAGCGCUGAACGCUUCGGAAAGCGGACCGUCGCGUCUUUUGCCCUUCGCGCUGUGAAAUUGGGAGGGAGCGCAUCCACGUCAGACUGGCCGAGUGAAGCAAGCAUGUCAUCCUGGAAAGCCUUCCAAGGCAAUCUCACCUCGCUCACCUCCGGUCUCAAGAACGUCGAUCUCUCCAACACCACAGAGAAGCUCAACAAGCAGUUCGCGACCUUCUCCCAGCAGGUGAGGGAGACGACGGGCCAGCUCGAAGAGGACGGCGUGACCGAGCUGCCCGAGGAGUACAAGACGCUCGAGCGCAAGGUCGAUGCAUUGAGGGCGACGCAUCUCUCUCUGCUCAAGAUCACUAAAGCUUACGAGACAGAGACGUACGAUUAUCCUACCCAGAUCAACGAGAGUCUCACAGAAGGGUUCGCCCUCGUCUCUCACUCCCUGACCUCUUGGGCCGCCGUAGCCGCCAAAGGCACCAACUUGCCCGCCCCCACCGUCACCGACAAGGCUCCAGAGCAACACAAGACGCUCUCCCACGCUCUGUCACGCGCCUCUGCAAACAGCGCGCUCGAACUGACGUCAAAGUCUUCACAGCCCGACCAACUCGGAUCAGUCCUGCAGACCUACGCAGUCGCUCAGGACAAAGUCGGGCAGCUCAGACUCGACCAGGAUGCGCUCAUCCGUGCAGAGUUCAACAAUCCCUGGAGCGCGACCCUCAAUUCUGCCAUCAACGCCGCAAUGAAAGCCCGCCAGAGCGUCAAGACUGCGAGACUCUAUCUCGAUACCUGCCGUACCAAGCUCAAGAAUGCAUCUGCUGCCAAGCAAGAACAGGCUCGUCUCGAAGUCGAGGCUGCAGAGGAGCGACUGGUCACAGAGACAGAGCAAGCCAUUGGUAUCAUGGCCUCCUUACUCGCCAACCCGGAGCCAAUCAAGAACAUUGCAGCGCUAGCCAAGGCGCAACAGAGCUACCACGAACAAGCAGCAAAGGUGCUCCAAGGUAUCACUGCCAGCCUCGACGAGGCUUCCGUCCAGGCCGACGGCGAAUACCGCAAAUCACGCGGAAUCGCCUGAGCCUGCUCUCCUACAUCCACAUCUCGUCACGAAAUACAAGCCUGUUACAUCUGCUAGCCCUUGUACAAGUUACAAAGAUUGUUUUAGAUCGAGCAGGGCCACAAUU